CAAAAGAGUUUUCCUCAAAAUCAGUUAACAUUCGCAUUAGCCACAAUAAUUAUGAGCGGAGCCACAACUCGAACUGGUCUAGUGCCAACACCCAAAAGACAUGUGAAAUAUGUUAAAAAGCGGAAACAUCUCCAUGGCGAUGACCUGCGAAUGCCACUUAAAUUUGAGGCAACGCCUAUGCCUCUGUCCCUACGGCCAUUUGGUGGACUGUUCAAUCCCUUUGCCAAGGGAUGCUCAGUGCUGUGCAACCACCCGGCGCCAUCAGCUGUAAAGGAUGUCAUCCAUCAGCUGAAAACCUCAUUGGCCAUUGAGGGCAAAAAUGCACAGCAGCAGCUGCAGCAAGGCAGAGAAAGGGAUAAGGACAAGGAUCAACAAGACUUGGAGGAUCCGCAUCAUCAGCACCAUGAGACGGACAAUAUUCCCGAAGAUCUGUUUCGUCGUUAUGCCGAAACCGACUCUCGCCCCAUGACCCCAACUCCGACAGUGACCAGCAUACAUACGAGGACCAGUGCUGGAUCGUUUUAUCGUCGUUGCAUUACCCCCGAAUGGGGUAAACAUGAGAAUAUCAAGAGAAAGAAAAUUAUACUAGAUCUGCGGCGAUCUCAUUCCCAGGAGACUUUGUACUGGAAGCCCAGUUCGGAAUUGACCCAAAGUGGCAUAGAGGAGGAUAAGAAACCCAAGAGCGCUGGCGCCAAUGAGGAUAAAAAGCCACGGCGACAACCGUCGAGUGAACAGCGACCGAAGUCAUCGCUGGGAACAGCAACCCUAACGCCUGCUGGCGUUGGUGUAGCCGGCGGAGAUCAGGGCAUUGAACUGGAAUCGAAAGUAAGGACCACCACCUGCAUCAAUGAGCACGAGUUGAGCGAUGAUGAUGUGAGAAGAGGCAAGAAACGAAAGAAACUAAAACCGGCCCAAGCCACAACCACAUUUCAUUUGAGCGAGGAUCCAGAGACUCAAGUGGCCGCUUUGGGCCCAGAUUCACUUAAUCCCAGCACCAGGCCCAGUCUAAUACCCAAUGCGGCUAGCUUGCUGCCCAAGGAUAAGCGAGAGAGUGAGCGGGAACCCAUAUUGCUCAAGGGUAGCUUUCUUACCGAUGAGGCCUUUCAGGCUCUGAAGACUGAUUUGGAUGUGGAUCUAAUAGAGAAUACUUUCGGCAGAUAUCUAAAUCGUGCUCUCAAAGAGGCCAUCAAGUAUAUGCCACCAAAACAGAAAACCAAUCCAAAGCCCAUCGAGGAUAAGUCGUCUACACCGUCGACAAAUCAAACAUCAAAAAUGCCCAGAAAAUUCUCGAAAUCGGCCACCCGCUUCGAUGUGCCAAUGGAUCUAACUAUGCUUAAGACCAUGACCCCUUGGGAUUACCUAAGCAGGUAUGUUUGGGUAUCGCAGCAACGUAAGCAGCUCUAUAAACGUGUCUUCCUCAAGUAUUUGAGUCGUUGUGAGGAACCCGAGAGUGAAUUGGUGGCCGGCGAUGAUUUAAACAAUCUGCAAGAAUAUCGAUAUAACGAACGUACUCUGAUUUGGCAACACUUGCCGCAGGCUCUCGAGGAUGUGUUGGAGUUUCAUGGCACAGAGACGAAUGUCCAGAAUGCCUUAACCAUGUUGGGCUAUGAUCCAGCUGCGUCCAAUGAAGUUGUGGACUUUCGCUUGUGGUGCGGCAUUGUGUCAUUUGCGGAGCGUUUAGUUCUGGUCAAUGAGUGUCAGGAUAACGAUGAUGAGGACGAUUCCUGCGAUGACUUGGAGAAGGCGGACUUUAAUAGCAUGGAACGGAUAGCGGCUGAUUAUCAAGUUCCAGAUUUAUUGCGAGAGAUGUUUAAAGUAAUACGUCAAACGCAUAAGUUAUAUUAUUAAAAUAAAAUGUUCGAUUUCUCCUUGAUUUUCCUAGACUUCACAAUGUAAAUCUUACAUCGAUCUGGUUAAAGGACAUAAAAAUUGUCCUAACAAUGGCUGAGUUAUAGCUAAAUUUGUGCACUUGUAAUUACU